GAGGCAGGGCGCGUAGCGCACGGCACGUCAGGCAGGCAGUGCGGAGUAGUGCGUCAGACCUGGAGAAUGGCGGUGGCCGGCUGAGGAGGAAAGUGUAAAGAGAGUAUCUCGCUUCAAACCCCGAGCCGAAGCAGCUCUCCGUGAAUGAAGAUGGCUAGCAGCAUGCAGAAUGAACACCAAGAGCCCAAGGGGGAGCGACAGGGCCGCGACAAAAACGCCGCGGCGGAUAACAACGAUCUGCCCAAGCACGUAGCGCGAGGCAUGUUGCGCGCAUCCAAACAAGAUGGCGAACGGACUGGAUGUCAAGAAGGACCUGCGGCAGGAACGGCACAAGACGCUACAGAACGGCGACCGAGUAGCGGCUCGUCGGAGCCGAAGGGCAGUGACAAAUCCCCGACUUUCAUGAAAUCUACCGAAGAGCAGACAAGGAGAAACUUCCACAUUCCCCUGAAGAACAAAGAAAGGAAAGCUUUGUUCCAGCCAGUAUCCCUGGAGUCCAGAGAAUUUGAAGAGAUUGUCAAGAUCAUGAACUCUUCCUAUUUAGAUUCAUCAUCAGCUUCUAAGUUCUCCUAUAAAAAAGCUAGUUUGAUUCACAGUGAGCUAUUGGAAAAAGAGUUUGUUGAAAAGAAAAGAGAGAUGAAACAAGAUGGCCGUUCAGAGAAGGAGCUUGUAGAGUCCUAUGCUUUUUGGCUAGCUGAUCGUUCAAAGAUUAAUGUGAUUUGUGAAAAAGGACUCUGCGUUGGCCAUUCUAGAAUAACAAUACUGGGAAAGCCUUCAAUGGGUGUUUAUGUGUGUAAGCACGCAGACUUACUGCAGAUGAAUCCAUUUGAUGUUGGAACAGUUGGGGAAAUAAUAAUAUUUAAAGUUAUCAAGGGAAGAGUAAAGAGUAUAUAUGAAAAUAUGUCUAAAAAUAUUUUGGAUCCAACACCAAGAUUCGACUGUCAUGUUUCCAAAAACUCUUCCAGAGUGACAUCAUUGCUGUCCUACAGAGCCUUCGAACUGACUCAGCUCUACUUCUAUGAAUAUGCUUUUGAUGAAAUAAAGAAGCGACCAAGACAUAUAUGCCCUUAUGCUGUGGUGUCUUUUAUGUAUGUGGAUAAAGAAAAUACACCAGUGCUGAAGCCCUUGCCUCCAGCAAGAUCAAUCAGCAACAGCUCUGAUGGGAUUACAGAAAAAGGCAGCUAUACAGUUUGGAGUGGUCAGCUUCUGAAUAAGGGUGUUCCUUUGUGUCAUGCUUACAUUAAGUCUGCCUCCCAACCGUUUCUUCCUUUUAAACUACCCCAGAUGCUUGAGCUUGGUACAGCAAUGAGUCUUGAACAGGUUAAGAGGCAGGUGCCAAUAGUACUCUUUUACAAGGACACAUAUUUUGGUUCAAGAGAAGUGAUGAAAAGUGGGAUGUAUUGCAGCCUCUUUGAGCUGAAAGAAAAAAGUAAAUCUGGGACCAAUCUCUUAGGCAUAAUUCAGAAACUAGAGAAAGAAAAGGCGGUGCUUAUUAAAUCUUUGGAUGACAAAGGAUUUCUGUUUGUGAUUUCCUCUGCCCAAAUGACAAUUCAGAAUGAUACCAAAAGCACAAAGCCAAGGGAUCUCCAUGUGCUGUUCAUGUUUCAGGAGAGCAAAAAUAUUCAGAAAUGUGGAAACAGUGCAGUAGUUCCCCGGUUACCUGAUGAUACUGAGAUGGGCAUGCCAAAUCUUAAGACUUUUGUCCCAGCUCUUCAUUUUGGUUUAAUAAAGACUCGUACCAACACAUCAGUACCACUGAAUACUGGGGUGGACAGGAAUGCACAUGAAUAUUUGAAGAGCCGACUAGAAGGUGUAAGGAGCAAAAUACGGGAGUUUGUGAUGUAUGAAUAUGAACAGAAACUGGAUGACCGAAGGUUUUUAUUCUCUGCGCCAAGAAUCAAGACCAAUAUUGACACCGCCUUACAUUCAUAUAUAUGUGAUCCUGACAGUUACCUGCUUCCUAAAGCAAGAGCCAUAGAAAUCCUGGAAAGUCUGAAUAAAACUCAGGAGUACAGUCCAAUCUCAGACUGGGAGGGCUCGGAAGGAAAAUGUGAAAGUGAAAAACCUACCAAGGAAAAUGGCUCAGAGCACACACAUCCUGUACAGAAAAGUGGUUUAACUGCUGAUUAUGACCCUGAAAAGCUUAAAGAACUGAUUAAUUUAAUUCAAAUUAGAAAAAAAUGUAUUGGUGAAGGAGAUGAAUUGGACAUGGAUGAAUCCAGUAGCAUGAGAGGACUUAAAAGAAAGUUGGAAAAUAACACCACUGAAAAUGUUGUCAAGUACAUGAGGUCUUCAUCAGCUGAGAAUGGCCAGGAUAGAGGAGUUGAGGAGCAGUUUCCAGAUCCUAUUACCUCUGUUGUUAAUCACCAAAAUGCUAAUGUGAGGAAGCAGGAUACUUCAGAUUUGGUCACAGCAGACACACAAGCCCUCUUGAAGCUGCUUCUGGACACCUUAGCAAGCACUGGAGCAUCAGCGUCUGCCACAGAUUCCAGUAUAGACAAGCCAGUGGAGUUUUCUAGGGAUGACUCUUGUGAAAUGUCAGCUGAAUUGUGUUAUGAAAAUUGUUCUGCAAAUGUGACCAAGAAUGAUGCUGCAGUUCCUUAUGAAACCACAAAUGUAUCCUGUGCAACUGAAUCGAACAUGAGACUGACUUUGGGGGAAGAUUCAAACAUCUAUGAAAGAAGUACAAAGACUGAAAAUGUUGAGGAGGCAGCUGGAAGCAUUAGCAGUUUUGAGGGAUUCAGUCCCUGUUCAAGCACACAGCUGGAGCAAACACAUCAUAGAGAAUUUUUUUCUGAACAUGUAGGAGAGGGAGAAAUGAUUUGGAAAUUAAUUCCAAUUACUGGCCUUAAGUCUCAUCCUGAGCAGCUGUCUUAUCAUUUGAUACAAGAGGCCCAUCCUGAUGAUCCAAGAAUUCACCACAGGCAGCCUGUUAACUUUUCUCCGGACAAAUUUAAUCAACCCUCUGCUUCCUUACCAUUACAAAAUAAUGACAGCUUUCAAGAGAAAUGCCAAGCUGACACGGAAACUGUGCAGCAUCCCUCUGAUACCCUCAAAAAUCAACAUUCGGAACCGAAGAAUACACAGAAUAUGUUGCAUGAAGAGUUUGAUGAAUUUUGUUCAAAAAUUCAAGGACUGUUAAGUUGUGAAAAUAUACCAUACAAUUCAGAGUCGGUCAUUUCCAGUAAACUUCAGCUGAAAAGAUUUUCUAAUCGUUUACAUUCCCAGUUUAAGCAUAUUUAUGUUGAAAAAUAUGUAAAUAGCCUGCAAAAGAAAAUUCAUGACUUGGUUGAAAGUGAAAAAGCCAAGACUUAUCCUAAUUUAGGAAAUCCGUCUGAUGAACCAUCAGAAUCUAACAGAACUCAAUCAGAUUCUGUCAAAUAUGGGCCUAGAAGUCCUCAAGAAGUUUUGGGACCAUCCCAUCUAGACUUUUUGGAAAAAUCGGAACACUUUAAUGAAAGAUCAGCCGAUACUACAUUUAACAUGUUGACUUUGGAUUCUCUGUCAAAAGAAUCUGCGUCUUCUGCUUCCAGCAACUAUGAUUAUCAUCCACAGUUGGCGGAAUCGGGGGGUGAUCCUCAAAAUUCCUUUGCAAUUCAGGCUCCAGCCUCUAUAAGUAACUUGAUAAGUCAACUAAAGCCAGAGGUCUUCUCUAGUCUUGUAAAAAUUAUUAAAGAUGUUCAAAAAAAUACAGUGAAGUUUUACAUCCAUGAAAGAGAGGAAAGCACUGUAUGUACUGAAAUAAAGGAGUAUCUCAUGCGGUUAGGAAAUGCAGAAUGUAAUCCACAUCAGUAUUUAGAAGUAAACGGAAAUCUAGAUAAGCUACUGAUCAUAAUUCGGAAUGAAGACAUUGCUGCUCACAUACAUACGAUUCCAGCAUUAGUAUCUUUGAAGAAGUUGCCUUCUGUCAAUUUUGCUGGCGUGGACAGCCUGGAUGAUGUUAAAAAUCACACCUACAACGAGCUCUUUGUUUCUGGCGGUUUUAUUGUUUCGGAUGAUUCUGUCCUUAAUCUAGACGUUAUCACCAUUGAAAAAUUGAAGACUUUUCUGAAGUGUCUAGAGGAAUGGAAUACUCCAGAUAGUAAAUGGCAAUGGAAAAUUCAUUGUAAAACACAAAAGAAAUUGAAGGAGAUUGGAAGAAUGAAUUCAAAAGCAUUGAACAUCCUGGUAUUGCUUAACUCGUAUCAGAAGAAACAUUUGGUGGACUUCCUGUCCUAUCAUGAAUGCGACUCUCAGGCCCGACAAGCCCCCGAGCUGGAGUGUCUCAUUAAAUUGCAGGCCCAGAAUAUACAGCAGAGACAUGUUGUGUUUCUCACAGAAAGAAGAUAUGAAACAUUUAUUAAGCUCUUUAAUAACAAUGGGAUCGUGGUAGCUUGCAUGGAUGACUUCAUGCAAAAUUUUCAUAGCAUUAUAGGUUUCAACCAAUCUAGUGUGGAAGACCAGCAUUUGCUUCAUGGAAUUCAUCAAGAUGAAUUUGAUGGAUUACACGUGACCAGGCAGAAUGAAGAGGAUAUGUCUUUAGAUUCAAGUGAAGAGUCCUGUCAGAUUGAAGUUUGUAGCAAAAUGCUGGACAGAGCUGACUCUCCACCACCGCCAGUUACGCUUGCUGGUACAGUGCCCAUACAGGCCAAGUCAAAGGCAGGGCCUGAAGAUGUGCCCCUCUUGUCCAGGGCUGUGGAGCUCAAAGGUGGAAAGCCCAAUACAUCAGAUGGGCAGCUGGCAUCUGUGGAACGUAGACCUUCCGGUCUGGAUCUGGAAGCUCUGAGGUCUGCUAUAUCUAUAUUUUCACGUGGUUCUCAGAAAAAUCAGAGUAGUGAAACACUACAGCCCCAGGAAGAGGGUCAUCCUGAAGAUGAUGAGAAUUCUGCUGGGGUCUUGGCAUACAGUACUUUCAGCGUGAAUACUCGUCAGAGCUUCCUUUCCACAGGAAUUGAUCCGUCGAUAACGGUGUCCACGCCACCUGACAUUUCAAAUGAGAUGCGCUCUGCAGAAGGUGGAGGCCCUAAUGGUCUUCAUGACUCAAGUUCUGCCUCCACAACUGUGGACACACCUAAGGCAUCCAGUCAGAGCGAUUGUAAAGAUGCUUCAUCUGGGGUUUCUGCAAACCAAGAGGAGUCCAAGAUUUUGUCCGAGACAAAGAAAUCGGGAGAUGAAGCCUCCACAUGUACAAAGAAAGCUGACGACUCCCAGAGUUCUAGCUCCGAAAAUAAACCCUGCCGCUUGUUCUCGCGUUGCCUCUGAGACACAGAAAAAGAAAACUGCAGGGGAACGACCAAGCCAUCCAAAUCACGGUGGAAGUGUACGUGGCAGAGGUGGAGGAAUUUCCUAUCGAGGUUAUAAUAGAGGACGUGGUUUCAGUCUCCCGGGACCCUCCAGCAGAGGUAGCGCUUACCGUGGAUGGGCUACCCGUGGAAACAGCCAUUACUUCAGACAGAACACGGGUCAUGGCUGGGCUAGUGGACAUCAUGGCUGUGAGGAAUUCUUCACAGAUGACUUCUUCCCAGAUGACUUCUCGUCUGAGAGCUGGACUGAAAACUGGCAUGGUAACAUCACACCAUCCAAACCCUACGCAAAGCACUAUAAAUGAGCCUGGGGGGGGGCCGACUUGGAAAAGCCAGUGAUUUGUCCACAGGUUGGAUUCUAUGGAAUGUUACUUCUGGACUCCCUGCAAACCACUUGAGGUUUAUAUUUGUUUUGUUAGUCAAUAUUUGAAUUUUUAUUUGUGGCCAUCCCCCUU